AGUGUAUUCAACUUUUAACUUUUGUGGCAAAGGCUUUCCAACCAUGAUCUUGCAACCUCCCGUUUCUAGCUGAGACGUUCCAGGUCCCGCCUGCGACCCUGAAAGUUGAGGGCAUUCCCAAUAUGCCCUGCGAAGGGCUCCAAGAUGGCGGCGGCUGCGUGCGCUGGCUGGCUGCGAUUCCGUAGUGGGCUUUGCUUGCCGCAGACGGGAAGUAGAGGGGCAGGUGUGUGUGCACGAGCACUCAGCCACAGAUUUUAUUCUGGAAGUGCAGCCCUCCCAAAGGUUGAUGGAACUGACAUAACAGGGAUUGAAGAAGUAGUCAUUCCAAAAAAGAAAACUUGGGAUAAAGUGGCCGUUCUUCAGGCACUUGCAUCUACAGUAAACAGGGACCCCACAGCUACCCCUUAUGUAUUUCAUGAUGACCCUUACCUUAUACCCACGUCCACGGUGGAAUCUCGUUCAUUUUUAUUGUCAAGGAAGUCUGGAGAGACUGCCGCAAAGUUUAUUAUUAAUUCAUACCCUAAGUUUUUUCAGAAGGACAUAGCUGAACCUCAUAUACCGUGUUUAAUGCCUGAGUACUUAGAACCUCAGAUUGAAGGCAUAAGUGAAGAUGCCCUGAAGGAACGAAUCAAACUCAAAAAAGUUAAAGCUUCUGUGGACCUGUUUGAUCAGCUCUCACAAGCAGGAACCACUGUCUCCCUUGAAACAACUAAUAGUCUCUUGGAUUUAUUGUGUUACUAUGGUGACCGUGAACCUCCAAGUGAUUAUCAUUUUCAACAACCUCAGCAGUCAGAAGACUUGGAAGAGGCCACAGAGGAAAAUAAUGGAAAAGCUAACGCAAAGGCUGGUCGUCCGGCUGGAGUUAUGUGGAAACCAAAAAACAAUGCUGAAAGAAUCUUUGACCUAAUGCCAGAGAAGAAUGCACAUUCUUACUGUACAAUGAUCCAAGGAAUGGUGAAGCACCGAGCUUGUGCACAGGCAUUAAACUUGUACACUGAGUUAUUGAACAACAGACUUAGUGCUGAUGUAUAUACCUUCAAUGCAUUGAUUAAAGCAACAGCACUAAUGAGUAAUGUGAAGUUUGAGCAAAAAUGGAAGAAUAUACAGGAGCUGCUGAAACAUAUGGUUGCACAGAAGGUGAAACCAAAUCUUCAGACUUUUAAUACCAUUCUGAAAUGUCUUCGUGGAUUUUAUUCACAUGGAAAAUUUCCAGCUUUACAAACUUUACGUGAAAUGAAAGCCAUCGGAAUAGAACCUUCACUUGCAACAUACCACCAUAUUAUUCGGGUGUUUUAUCAACCUGCAAACUCUUCACAAGAACCAUCCCUCAUUAUCUACAGUAUAAUGAAAGAAUUGGUGGGGAAAAAAUUUCACCCAAAGGAUCUAGAUGAUGAUAAGUUUUUUCAGUCUGCCAUGAAUGUUUGCUCUUCUCUCCGAGAUCUAGAACUUGCUUACCAAGUACAUGACCUUUUAAAUACGGGAGAUAACCAGAAAUUCAUUGGAGCUGAUUUUCAUCGUAAUUUCUACUAUUCCAAGUUUCUCAGUUUGAUUUGUCUCAUGGAACAAAUUGAUGUCACUUUGAAGUGGUAUAAGAACCUAGUACCUUCCGUGUUCUUUCCCCACUCUCAAACCUUGAUAGAUCUUCUUCAAGCAUUGGACGUGGCCAAUCGGCUAGAAAUGAUCCCUCAGAUUUGGAGAGAUAGUAAAGAAUAUGGCCACACUUUUCGCAAUAACCUAAGGGAGGAACUCCUGAUGCUCAUGGCAAGGGAUAAGCAUCCACCACAGCUUCAGAUGGUGUUUGCCGACUGUGCUGCUGAUGUCAAAUCUACAUAUGAAAGCCAAGCAGCCAGACAGAGUGCUUACAAUUGGCCAGCCAACUCUCUCAACUGUAUAGCUCUCCUCUUCUUAAGAGCUGGGAGAACCCAGGAAGCCUGGAAAAUGUUGGGACUUUUCAGAAAGCAUAAUAAAAUCCCUGGAACUGAGUUGCUGAAUGAGUUUAUGGACACUGCGAAAGCAUCUGAGAGUUGCGCUCAGGCCGUGGAGGUGGUGAAGCUGGCAAGUGCCUUGAGCUUGCCUGUGAGUAAAGCGCUCGCCCAGAGGCUAAUGACGGACUUUGCAGUCAGCCCAGAGCAAAAGAGAGCCCUGGCCGACCUAAAUGCACUCAGCAGUGACAGUGAUGGGGACAGCAGCAGUGACAGCGACAGCGACAGCAGUGAAAGCAAAUAAAAGGGAGUUGGUCUUGCUGUGACUGGCGGAUACAAAGAAAAUAAGAGCAUGCAAAUUUGGACCAUUUAUUACUGUGCAAUGGAUACAAUUCUGACUGUAGAUUACGUCAUAAAAGUUCCUGAAACAUC